GCCAUGCCAACCCGAAGGACUGCCUGCGCGGGGCUGAUGUUGAGCUUUGAAAUGCUAGCGAUGGCGACGGAGUUGCGUUUGAAGUCUAUAUCGGCGUCUGGGGAUACAGUCCAAGGCUUCAACGACUCUAUGUAUGCUAAAACGCUGGCUGGAACCCCACCGUCGUUACAGAUGAUGCGCAUGACAUCGGUAAGAACAAAUUACAGUAGGCAAUCGACGGCGAGGUGAGGGUCUUGAUGUAUGCCCAGCGCACGGGAUCCGACUCUUCCCA